AUGAUACAAAAAAAAGGUGGACAAUAUCUUUCUGAAUGUUAUAUCAAUAAUAAAAGUCCUUUACAAUGGAAAUGUGCCAAGUUUCAUGAAUGGAAAUCUGCUUUAUGUGAUAUAAAAAAAGGUAGAUGGUGUCCACAUUGUGCAAAAUGUUUUAAACUUAAUAUUGGUAUUACUAAAAAAAUUGCAUUUAAAAAAGUAGAUACUCGAAGAGUUGGUUUAGAUUUAGCUAAAAAUAUAGCUCGAUCUAAGAAUGGCGAAUAUUUAUCAGAUGAGUAUAUUAAUAUUCAUACUCCAUUGCAAUGGAGAUGUAAUGCAAAACUUUCUAUUGAGGAAGCUAGAAAAAUUGCGACUAAAAAUAAAGGAUUAUGUCUUUCUGAAACAUAUAAUGGUGCGCAUAUAAAAUUAAAAUGGCAGUGUGAAAAAAAGCAUGAAUGGUAUGCAACCUUGGAUAAG